AUGUCGGAAGGCGACGUGAAGAUCUCAAUGAUAUUAGUGAAUCGACGAAUCCCAGAGAUUGCGCUGGAAAGACAGAAGUUCAACGACGCAGAGCCUGCAAUGACACAGAAGCCUGAAAAGGUAGCUCCUGCUGCUGAGUCAUACAAGAAGUAUCUCGAACUAGGCCCAUCAAAAAUUGCUCUCCCUCCAUUCAAGGAGGAUAAGACGUCGUCUGGCUAUGAUUCCUUCUGUGCGGACCGGCGUCGUGAGUUAGCCCACAUCUUGCCUCCCGCCGCCAACGCAGGGGCGGAAGACUGGCGUUUCUAUCGCUCUCAGAAACUGUUGCGCUUGCUGCCUGGUGACAAGGGGUACGCCAGCUGGGGGGCCGCUCUACAGGUGUUCUUCGAAGGAAUCCUGACGGCUGUCAUUCGCGUUUACGGGGACGAAAAUGCUGGUCAGGAUGCUGCAGAUUGUCUCGGCGAAAUCAAGGACACGUUCCCUCUUAUUUUGGAGGAGAUUUGA